UGGGCUUCAGCAGCGAUCGAGCCAGCUGAGGUUGGAUGUCGGCACACACACGGCACGGCAACCCCGCCCUGCAGCGUGCCACGAGGACAGUGAGCAGCUGGAGAAUAUCGAUUGGGCGCCGCAGGGGAGCAGCUCGACGCGGAGGGCUGCUGGUGCAACAUGGCUUGCAGGCCGACGCGGGAUGCCGAGCGUGGUGUUGCGAAUGGCCUGACUGGCGAUGAGCUCUGCCGGGCCGCCCUCCGAGCUCCAGUCGGCUGGAACACGGCACGAGAGCGUGACUGUCCCGACUGUACGACGCCGAUGGAAGUUGUUGAGUGCUGAGGACGAGCUUCCGGGCGGUUGCGC